AUGACCGGAAAAAGUGGACUUAUUGCGUUGUCCACGCGUAAUAUUGCAAAACUCAAAGAGCUUCUAGCAACAGCAGCAAGCACCUUUUCCAGGAAAUUAUAUAUAAGAUUUAACCCAGAUCAACCAAGAACCGACGAUGUUGUUGGUAAAAUUUAUCUAUAUUCUGCUUCCCAAUGUCCAGAGUUAGAUGUACGAGUACUAACGAAGGUUCAGAAUCCAGAAGAUUACGCGUUAAUCGGAGAUGUAAUCCCUGAAGAAACUCAGUGUGUAACUCCUAAAUACAAAAGAGUUGUGUUGGGUGGAACAUUUGAUAGAUUACACAAUGGCCACAAGGUUCUACUAACUAAGGCUGCCGAGAUUGCCUCCGAAAAAGUUGUUGUUGGAGUUACAGAAAAGAAUAUGAUUUUGAAAAAAUCGCUUUACGAGAUGAUCGAGCCUGUUGAACAUCGAAUGGAAAAGGUCGUGGAGUUUGUUGAAGACAUUACAUUCAAUGUCAAAUGCAUCGCUGAGCCUAUCGUUGAUCCUUUUGGUCCGUCGACUCGUAUGGAAGAUCUUGAGGCGAUAGUUGUUAGCAGAGAAACAAUUAAAGGAGCGGAUGCUGUGAACCGUAAGCGGGGAGAAAAAGGAAUGUCACAAUUAGAUGUUAUUGUCGUCGAAUUGGUCGAAGGUGCCGAUGAAAUUCUUCAUGAGACCAAAAUAAGCUCGUCUACAAAGCGAAGGGAAGCUCUAGGAACUUAUUUGAAGCCACCCAAGAAUUUCGAAACAUCUACGGGAAGGCCAUAUGUUAUUGGAUUGACUGGUGGAAUUGCUUCCGGAAAAUCGAGUAUUGCCAAAUAUCUCAAGGAAAAGCAUGGAUUCGAUGUAAUUGACUGCGACAAACUUGCUCAUUCGUGUUAUGAGCCGGGAAGUGUUCUGUGUCAAAAAAUCGCGGAGACAUUCGGAACUGAUGUGAUCGUCGAUGGAGUUGUCGACCGAAAGAAGCUUGGAAGUAUUGUCUUCGGAGAUUCGACAAAACUUCACCAAUUAAGCCAAUUGGUUUGGCCCGUUGUUCAAGAACGCGCCAUGAAGUUGGUUGAACAAUCAACUUCACAAGUUGCUGUGAUCGAAGCCGCCGCCCUCGUCGAAGCGGGAUGGCAUAAGCAGCUUCCUGAAGUUUGGACUGUCUUUGUUCCGCCAGAGGAGACAAUCCGACGUGUUAUGGAUCGCGACAGUGUUAGCGAAGAUCAGGCGAAGGCAAGAAUGGCCUCACAAAUUACAAAUAAGGAACGUAUCGACAACUCUAAUGUUGUCUUUUGCUCAUUAUGGGAAUAUACAGAAACGCGUGCUCAAAUAGAUAAAGCUGUGAAAACACUCUUGGAACGGAUUCAAAAAUAA